AUGAAGAUGAACGGCAACGAGAUCAAGCCGGGCAAUGUGAUCGAGCACAAUGGCGGGCUUUGGGUGGCGGUGAAGACCAAUGCGGUCAAGCCGGGCAAGGGCGGUGCGUUCAACCAGGUGGAGCUGAAGAACCUGAUCGACGGCACCAAGCUGAACGAGCGUUUUCGUGCGUCGGAAACCGUCGAGCGGGUGCGGCUCGAACAGAAGGACUACCAGUUCCUCUAUGCCCAGGACGACGCGCUGGUCUUCAUGGAUUCCGAGACAUACGAGCAGCUCGAACUGCAGGCCGAUUUCGUCGGCGACCGCGCCGCGUUCCUGCAGGACGGCAUGACGGUCACGGUGGAGCUGCACGAGGAACGGCCGAUCGGCGUGUCGCUGCCCGACCAGGUGACGCUGGAGAUCGCCGAGGCCGAUCCGGUGGUCAAGGGACAGACGGCGACCUCGUCCUACAAGCCCGCGGUUCUGGAAAACGGGGUGCGGGUUAUGGUGCCGCCCUUCAUCACGGCGGGCGAGAAGAUCAUCGUCGCCACCGACGACAUCACCUAUGUCCGCCGCGCCGACUAG